AUGGAGCGUGGCAGAAAAUCUCGUAGAGGGCGUUACCACUCUAGUAACCGCAACAUGCCCCACAUUAACACGCCUCCUCAGCAACCAAAGCCCCAUUCGUUCCUGCACAGUCUCUACACAUUCUUUAUUAUGUCAACCCUAAUGGCCCUAAUAUAUAUGAUGUUGCAAUACCACUGUCAGAAUUGUCGAGAUAAGUGUGAUAUUAACAACAUUUCCAAGAAUCUAGAUGAUAUUGCUAAAAAUUUGUCGAAAAUGAAAGAUGGUUAUUAUGAUCUUGAAUUGAAGAUAUCAAAAUUUUCACAGGAAUUACCUAAAUUGGAAGGCCAGAUAGAUAUUUUGGAAGCCUUAGCUAAUACAAUGGAGAAGAAACAACUGGACAAUGGGGAUCCACAAAUCCGCCAGCUCAUACCAACUGUUGAUAAUUAUUUAAAAAUGCCAGAAUUUAAAAAUAAAAGUGAAAUGUGCACAACAUGUUCAGCAGAGUCACUAAAACGAGAGGUUAAUCAAGAUUGA